AUGAAUUUAGUAGGCCAAGAUACUACUACUACCACCACCAACAACAACAACAACAACACGGAAAAGUUAGGUUCUCCAUCCAAACUAGCACCACAUCAUGGCUUAUUCAUGACCAAUUUAGAAUAUUCUCCUUCCUCCAGGUCAACACUACUGGGACACAACACAUCACCUUCUGCGUCAUCAUUCUCACCGCCAUCGUCUUCCGCAACAUUUGGCGUGAAUCGAUCCAUUUCAAUGAAUAAUAUCAACAUUAAUAAUAAGAAUAAUCCCAUGAUGGUCAAAGAUGAAUCUGAUCGUGUUAUAGAGACAUUAAGGGAGCAAGUGGAUACUUUAACUGCUAGUAACUUACAAUUGAGCUUACAAAGUGAGAACCUUUUGAAGAAAUUGGAGAAUGCUAAUGAAUUUGAGAAUUCGUUAAUUAAUGAUAUUAAUUCAAUGAGAUUAAAUAAUGAAAAUUUGAAUGCACAAUUUGAGAACGUUAAUGCGGGGUUGAAAGAGAAAGAAUCGAAACUGAAUGAGUUGAAAAAUAGUUUGAGAACGGAGUUGGAUAAUGAGAAAGUGUUGAAUAGGAAGAUUGACAGUUUUGAAGAAAAGCAAAGGAAAUUGAUGAAUACUUUGAAGAGAGUUAGGUGUCAAUAUGAAUCUUUGAUGGAAUCUCAAAGUUUUUAUAAGGAACAUUAUUCAAUGGAACUUUUGAAUUUACAAAAUGUCUUGCAAGAUUUGAAAAUUAAUGAUAUUGAAAUUGUCGAUUUAAUUGACUCUUGUAAUAUCGAUGGAGAUACCGCUGAUGGGAGAAGUAAUUCGAACGAAGAAAUGAUUAAAAAAAUAGAAGCUGAUCUAAUAGAUAUUGAAAAAAGUGACACUGAUUACUUAGAAUCAUUCAAAAUUCAAACAAAGGAAAUAUUAUCAGAUAUAGAUUUACCUCAUUGGUCAAAUCUUUACCAAGAAAGUAAAAUUCGUCUGUUACAAUACAAAGAAGAAAUGAAGAAAAUGGAGACCACCUUGGAAUCAAGACUAGGAGAUACAACAACAACAACAACAACAACAACAACAAAAGAUGAUGAAAAGAAAACUGCAGCCAGAAAUGAAAGUUUAAAGAAAUUGGAAAGUGGACAAGACGACAGCAAAACUAGUCACGAUACUACUAUCCCACAAGAAAAUGAAGAUACAACGUCGCAAUUAAAGAUGCGUAAAUUAAGAAAAAACAGUGCGAACAGUUCUAAUUCCUCUUCUGUCAAUAGUAGGAAACGAAAUAGUUUUUAUGGUGCUUCAUCGCCAAUCUUAACUCCAAAUGCAUCAUCUAGUCGCAUACCAUCAUCAUCAUCAUCAUCAUCAUCGCUGAGCCCAGCAUUGCCUGGUGUGAUGAGGAAGCCAUCAUUAAGGAAACCAAGCCCGCAUACCAAUAGUAAUAAUAGUAAUAGUAACCAUACUGCUUCUAAUGGACCUCGGCGAUGA